GAGUAUACGAGCUUCUUUUUGUCUGUUUGCCUCGUUGUCAAAGUCAAUGUUCCUGAGCCACCACAGCCAAGUCUUGUUUUUCCUGCUAGUUAUCUGACCUCGUUUUCAUGUAUUGGGACCUUGCCUUUUGCCAGGCAUUUUUUUAGCCUUUGCCUUUUUGGACUGCUUAACUGUGCAUGACCUCUGCCUGGAAUAAAAUCCCCCUCGACAACAUGUCACUGUCACGUCCCAUCUGAAUGAGAGAAGCAGAACGUUCUUCCGCUUCCUCUGAAUCUCUCAAUAAGAACGCAUCCCAGAAUCCUCUCUUCAUCACUCCCGCCCACCCGUCUGCCUGCACCCCCAUCAGAGUGACUACUCACGUGUGUAGCCAACCAUGCCAAACAACACGCGAGUGACCCAGCUGGAGCACAGCAAUGAGCCGGUCACCGAGUCGGUGGCGGACCUGCUGUCUCUGGAGCACCCGAUGGACUACAAGAGCAGUCAGAUGAGUAUGGGUCUCAGUCCCGGCUCCACUGCCCCGGGAAGAGCCCUGCUGCCCUCCCCGGAUCCCGAUGGUGAGGACGGGAGGCCGGCCUGGAACAAUAAGAUGGAGUACAUCCUGGCACAGGUGGGGUUCUCGGUGGGCCUGGGGAACGUCUGGAGGUUCCCUUACCUGUGUCAAAAGAAUGGUGGCGGUGCCUACCUGGUUCCCUACUUCAUCCUCCUUCUCCUCAUUGGCAUCCCACUCUUCUUCCUGGAGCUGGCGGUGGGUCAGAGGAUCCGACGGGGCAGCAUCGGCGUAUGGAACUAUGUGUACCCCCAGCUGGGAGGCAUUGGGGUUUCUAGUCUGAUGGUUUGCGGCUUCGUGGGCCUCUACUACAACGUGAUCAUCGGCUGGAGCAUCUUCUACUUCUUCCAAUCCUUCCAGUACCCACUCCCGUGGGCCGAAUGUCCGGUCCACAUCAAUGGAACCCAAGCCAUUGUAGAGUCAGAGUGCGAGAAGAGUUCAGCCACGACUUACUUUUGGUACCGUCAGACGCUCAACAUCACCAGUACCAUCGAGGACACAGGCGGCCUCAACUGGAAGAUGACCCUCUCCCUGCUGGUGGCUUGGAUCUUGGUGUGCUUGGCUGUCAUCAAAGGCAUCCAGUCCUCUGGGAAGGUGAUGUACUUCAGCUCUCUGUUCCCGUAUGUGGUCCUCUUCUGUUUCCUGGUGAGAGGUUUGCUGCUGAGGGGUGCGGUGGAUGGCAUCGCGCACAUGUUCACCCCCAAGCUGGAGAAAAUGCUGGAGCCGCAGGUGUGGCGCGAGGCGGCCACGCAGGUCUUCUUUGCGCUGGGCCUCGGCUUCGGCGGGGUCAUCGCCUUCUCCAGCUACAACAAGCGAGACAACAACUGCCACUUUGACGCCACACUCGUCUCCAUCAUCAACUUCGUCACGUCCAUACUGGCCACGCUAGUGGUUUUUGCCGUCCUCGGCUUCAAGGCCAACAUCAUGAACGAGAAGUGUGUCGUGGAGAAUGCAGAGAAGAUCCUGCUGUACCUCAACACCAGCGUGCUGAGCAAAGAACUCAUCCCUCCUCACAUCAACUUCUCGCACCUGACUUCGCAGGACUACGCUGAAAUGUACGGCGUCAUUAAAACGGUCAAGGAGGACAACUUUGCCCAACUCGGCCUCGAUCCUUGUGUGCUGGAGGACGAACUCAACAAGGCCGUCCAGGGAACCGGUCUGGCCUUCAUUGCCUUCACAGAAGCCAUGACGCACUUCCCAGCCAGUCCCUUCUGGUCGGUCAUGUUCUUCUUUAUGCUCAUAAAUUUGGGCCUAGGAAGCAUGAUCGGGACCAUGACCGGCAUUACCACGCCCAUCCUCGACGCCUUCAAGAUACGCAAAGAAAUCCUGUGCGUGGUUUGCUGUAUCAUUGCCUUCCUGUUGGGCCUGCUGUUUGUGCAGCGCUCAGGGAAUUACUUCGUCACUAUGUUUGAUGACUACUCCGCGGGCUUGCCGCUCACGGUGGUGGUGAUUCUGGAGAACAUCUCCGUGGCCUGGAUAUACGGCACCAAAAGGUUUAUGCAGGACCUGGAGGACAUGCUGGGCUUCCGGCCGUACUCCUUCUAUUACUACAUGUGGCGGUACGUUUCACCGGCCGUGCUGGUGCUGCUAAUCGUGGCCACCGUCAUUGAGAUGGCCGUAAGCCCUGCAGGGUACAACGCCUGGGUGGAGGCUGAGGGGGCUGAGCGUUUCCACAGCUACCCUCCGUGGGCUUUAGCCAUGGCCUACUCCCUCAUCGCCGUGGCCAUGCUGCCUUUGCCCUUGGUCUUCGUGGCGCGCCACUUCAACCUACUGUCGGACGGGUCCAACAAGCUAUCCGUGUCCUACCGCAAAGGCAUGAUGAAGGACAUGUCAAACCUGGAGGAGCAGGACGAGCAGCGCUUCAUCCUUAGCAAAAACCCUCGCCAGGUGCCCUCCCCCGUUCCCCCACACCGUGCCUACCUGGGGCCCGGAGGCACACAAGAAAUGACCAACACCAACUACGGGACCAGCACCAAGACGGGCUACCAGAACAUCGGCUCACCCGAAUCUGAGCUAUAAUGCGCUGAGGUGGUUGCAUUUCGGAAAGAGGUUCCGUUUUGUUUUGUUUUUUUCAUCCCACCUUUUCGCGUCGGGUGGAUCAGGUUCAGGUUUGUCCAGUGCUCAUCGGCUUUAUGAUCUGAACACAAAUAGGAAUUUAAGCUGCAAGCAAGGGCCCAUUUUGUCAUGGCCAAGCAUCCAAAGUAUCAUCGAACUUUGACUCAGGCUUUAUUAGAUGGCGUGGAGUUCGUAGACCAAAAAACCUGGAAAUUUGGCAUCUCCAAUACUAACUUUCUUGCAUAUCUGCUUCAGAUUAGGGCUCACAAGAGAUAAGUUAAGGUUGCAAUUGCAAUUUAAUUUCAGGGUACAACUUUUUCUUCAACCCUGUUAUGAUAGACAUGGCCACACAAUUUUCUGUCAAACGUUGAAAUAGUGUAGUCAUCCAACCGAGCCCUUGCACCAUCUGUCAUAGCCGUUGCUCGAAAUGCCAAUCAAACUUUGACACCGCAAUCCGCCCACUUCAGACAGCGUAAGGCAAUUUGGCCUCCCCUCUCAUAUCUGCUCAUUUGAAUUAAGCUAAGAGGAAUUUGUCUAAGUAUGAGCCUUGGAAUUCAAUCAAAAAGGUUGAUUCAAACCAAAAUGGCCACAAUUCUAAGCAUGUGGCCUUGAGACGUUUUGGUGAGUCUUGUCACAAGAGACAUGUCCACCCGAUUGCGUGUUGAUUAGUUACUUUUACUUAAUAUUUUCUAUGUGUUGCUAAUGAGGGAAGCCCUAAAAUACAUAUAUUUUCACCAGGAUACAUACACUUUGAAAAACUGAGUUUUCACCCUUGCUGAGGUCUCCAAAAUGGUAUUUAAUUCAUUGGUAGAAUAACAUUUAUGACUGUACAGUUGUUCCAAAAGGGCCUUCAAAGGACGGAGGCUUGUACUGGGAUGUAACAACAAUGUGGAAAAGAGCACAAUUUUAGUCAGCCUUUCACAUUUCUUGAAGGAUAUACUAAAGACUUGUUUACUGUGCUUGACAUACUUGCCGUUUUACCAACCAACACAACCAGCAAAAACACUGCACAAUGCAGAACAGAGGUCCAGCACUCCAACAUGGAAUGUUUUUUUUCUGGAGGGUCUGGAUGAUGUCUUUGAAUCUUAACUCAAUAUCCCUAUAAUGUGGAGCCAAUUUAAAAACAACCCCAACUGUAACAAAGUGCCGUAUAUACAUGAAAAUCAAAUACGAAACAUCUUACCAUUUAAUGUAAUUCAAAAACAACACAACAGGAGAAAAUGUAAAAACAAAACAAAAACGAGCUCAAGUCAUGCUCUGCUCUGACAUUUUAGAAGGUCAUCCCUUAGAUUGUGACCGGAAACAGAAAAAGAAAUGCCGUACCCCCUCUGAAAUUCACGGAGCAAGAGUGUAGGAAGGAUCAGCUCAGGGAGGUCAGGUGUGGCAAGACCAUUUUAAGGUGGCAAAACAAAGAACAGAAUCUUGACAUGAACUCGAUGUGGAGAGUGAGCCAGUGGAGGGAGAUCAGAAUCGAAAUUGCUGGAUGUCUUACGUGCUCCAGUUAAGACCAGCGUGGCGGCAUUCUGUCAAAACUGUUAUUGUAAUGAACUUUGUUGUUAUUAUUAUGACCUUUGCUCCAAACUAAGCCACAUAUUUGUUUGCUACGUCUUAAAUAAUGCUAUGUUAUUGUUAGCCGAUCUGCACGAACACUGCAGCUCUGCUUACCUUUUGAGAUUGAUAGGCUCACAUUCAGCCAAAGUGGUUCUUUUGCUCUGGAACAGGCCAGCUGAUCAUACCAUCGUCCAUUUGGUUACGUCAGGACAGAAGUGCAGAACGGCUUGCUCAUAUUUUCUCAAGUAGAUUGACAAGGUAUUUUAAUUUCACCCUUAAAUGUGUGGGCAGCCACUCGCGACACAAAAAUGUUUGCGUACGAGACAUUGAAAAUGAGUCUCGAGAGACAAAAUGAGACUUUUUUUUGGGUCCCAUUUGUUGAAUGUGAUUGAGAAAACUAAGUCUGAGGGCUCAAUGAUCGUAUUACGGGUGGGACUUUGGUCUUUUGUGUGUGUGAGGCCCUGGUGAAACCCUUAAUGUUAAAAAUAGAGCUGCCUUGGUAACACGUCUUUCAUGCUUAAAUACCAUGAACAUCAGAAGGUUGUUGUCACCUGCACACCUCUUUGUUUAGCCAUAGAUGAGAUGAUUUACUGUUUGGUAGAAACAUUCAGUAUUUCAAACUCCUUGAAUGAUUACAAUAAUUAAACUAAAUGCUUAGAUGGAAAAAGAUGACGCACUGUGGCGACCCUAACGGGACAAGCCAAAAGAAAAAGAAGAAACUAAAGGCUUGUAUUUAUAUACUGCAGCACCUUUCAAGGGACCCGAGGAAGUGUAACAAUGUUUUUGUUGUCCAAGGAAACUGAUUUUAGUAGGGUGCGAGGGUUCUAGAGAAAAUGAAGAAUUUGGAUUUCACAGGCUUGCUGUGAAAAACCAGAACCUCCUUAAAAACCACACACACAUGUACAAUAUAGGGACUUGCAGUACCUGAGAAACGUCCUAAUGUUUAGGUUUAAAUCCUUGUAGCGGACGACCAGAGCCUCAUUAUGAGAAGCUUCUGUAGAACAUCUAAACCCGUAGAAUCUCUUGGCUAAGUUUGAGUUUCACUAGAAUCUUCGGUAGAAUGUCUACAUCUGGAAAACCUCUAGUCCCAUCUUAUUUACCAGAUUCAGAACCUUGUCGUGGAUGAAAGGAACCUCCUCGAUCACCACCGGAACGUCCUGUUGAACAUCUAGACUUGUGGAACCUUUAUAAUCUUUUUAAUAUCCUUAUUCCGAACAUUGUGGUGGAUUACAGGAACCUCCUUCAUCACCGCAAGAGCCGGCAACAGAUUAGGUGAUUAAGAAAAGUAUCAAAACUCUGGAACUUGAUGGGUGCCGGUGAAGGUGCUUGCUGUUAACUAACAAGAAGAUGAACAGCAAAAUCCUCAGUUUUUUACAUUUCCAUGGAUGUCUGUUUUUGUCUAGUCUGUUGGAACCUGCUGAAAACACCCCAUCAAAGAUCAGAGGGCACUUUUUUUUAAAUCAUCAUCCAAAGAUUGCAACAACAAUACAGAAAGACUGGAAGAGCGGACAUCUUUGGAAAUUUUCAUAAAUCAAAUACUUGUAAAUUUUGCAGCUCAGCUCUUUGUUAGAGAACAGAAGUUGUGCAAAACGUACUGAAAUAUUAGACUGUUGGACACAAAGUCGAAUUAAGUUCACAUGUGAGGGUUAAUGUGCAUUUUUACUUCCUGAAAACCAAAUAUCCCUAAAUUGUUUUGGCAGUGGCGGGAUGGUGGAUCAGCUGGUAAAGCGUUGAGUUCACUGUUCUGAGGUUCCGGGUUCAAUCCCGGACCCGCCGUAUGGAGUUUGCACGUUCUCCCCGUGCCUGUGUGGGUUUUCUGGCAACCAGUUCAGGGUGUACCCCGCCUGCUACCCGUUGACAGCUGGGAUAGGCUCCAGCACUUCCGCGACCCCCGUGAGGAUAAGCGGCGAAAAUAAUUGCUGGAUGGAUGUUUUGGGUAUUGUAGUCAAGACAUGAAUGCGUGUUGUUGUUCCUGUACACGCUUGCAACCGCUAGGUGUCGCUGCUUCCAAGCAAUGACGGAGCCUUGCUGUGGCCCCUCCCGAGUUCCAAAGCUUGAGCGUCAUCGGGUGUCUCGUCGCCUUGCCUUGAUGGCUUUUUAAUCAUUUUAUUAAUGGUGAUGAUCAUCAUCAUGAUAACGUUUAGUGGUACGCAAUGUUACCCAGUAAUAAUUCAUCUUUGUAAUAUUUGCUGGUCUGGCUCAACGGUUGUCAUUUUUCUUCAAAUAAUGAAAGUACUUAGAGCGCUUCAAAAAAGAGCUCUCCAAUUGUUUGUGCUUUUAAAAUGUAAUAUGACACAUUGUAAAUGUUGAGCCAUGAUAGCAGCAACAAAAAUGAAAGUUGCAAUAAUGCUGUGUUGCAUAGUAAAGUAAUUUAUGGCACACAGAGCCGAAAUGUAUGUAUAUUUUGCGUAUUGUUUUUCACAGUUUAAAAAGGUUGCAAUGUGUCUUAAUCCCAAAUUUUUAGUAUGUUUUUAUUGAAAUAUCCCAAGGAUUCCCUUUUUUUAGUCGCAAUUAGCCUUUUUCGGGGGGUUGUCCUUUCUCCACCAUGACCAAUUUCGAGUUUGACUUUUGUGACUGUAAAGACCGGGGGGCUGUUCUAAGGGAUUGACGAGCCAACACUUGUCCCCGAGCACCCCAACGUCUGAAGAAAAAUAGCAAGCCCCUUAAAGACCAAUUUGUAACGUUUCUGCUUUCAAUGCUCCGAGGCCCCUCAGAAGCUAAAACUAUUAGCUAAUCCUAAACUGUGCUAACACGGCAGUCCUUCCCUUUUGACCAACUGUGACAUCACAGCAAAUUUCAGAAGGGCCUGUUCACAGACACAUUCUGGGAGCUACAGUAGAGCCAAGGACACGAUUUAAGAUGUACUUUUACUCACUGAAAAAUGGGAAACAAUUUUAAAAAUUUAUAGUACUUAACAUUUCAUUCACAAUUUUACAUAUAUUCAUGUUUGAAAAAAAAUCUCAUGAAAUAAAUGCAAAUAUUGAACUUCAAAGUUCACUACAACUGAACCGUAUUUGAGCAAGGAUUCUAUGGCGUACUACAAUAUGGGUGACAGUGAGUACUAGUUUUAAAUGACAUUAUUUUUGCCUUCUUUAUGGCACGAGAUGAAGCACAUUUGAGAAAAAGCACAUUUACGUGAGCACAAAGCAGCGGCCGCGUCUCGCUGCUGAGCGAUGAGCUCCAGCAGCCGGCGAGCUAAAAAUACAACCUAGCAACCAGCCGGCCAGACAGGGUGAAUUUAGGAAAGAAACGAGUAAAUCAUGUCAGGUGUUGGUCUUGGCACAAAGAAAAAGCGUGAAAGCACACUAAAAGCCCUAAAAUGCUAUCGCUGGCCACAUCUCACUCUUCGUACGAUUUAACUCACUAUUAAAAACAAAAAAAUACUGUAGUUCAUUUUUCAUUUUUUAGUUUUUGCCUCAGAUGUGGAAGUUUGGUUAAAAAAAAAACAUUAGUAAAUAUGUUUUAAUUGGUUAGCCACCACAACCACGUUCUAUCAAAUAUUCCAUUAGUUGUAUUUGACAAACCUGCUUAAAACAUGAAUCGUAAUGUCGUGCGCCUAACAUUGACUGCUUUUUGUCUAAUCACAUUGUUUACACCAAUUUUAUGUUUGUUUGUUUUUUUGGUGCUAGAUUAAAAAAGUGAAAUGAUAAGUCACUUUUUGAUUUUUCACGUCUUAGCGAAAGCAAAAAGGAAUCAACCAGAAGGUUCAUCUUGAUGUGAGCAAAGCAUAUUUGUCUUCUACUUAUUGUAUUUAAACUGUAAAUCUUGAUGUACAUUCCGAUAAAUUUACAAAGUGUAUCGGUCUAUACUUGAGCUGUAAAAAAUAAUUGUAUAUUUUCAACAAAUUUUUGAUGUACAGUAGGUCAUUUAUUGUCGGUUUACUGUCUGUCAGAGUGUGUAUGUGUGUGGGCGUACAGUACAGUGUGUUCAAUCUAUGUAGGUUUUUGUGGUGUUAAAAGUGUAGUGUGUUCACGGGAUGUACACUCGUGGUGUGUAAACAAUCAACGUGUUGGAUUUCACCCCUACGACUAAAAGAAGAAAUUUGAUCAGUAAGAUAGAACAUCUUUCUUUCUUUGUGCGAAUGCGUGUGGAGGGAGGAGGGGGUUCAAAUUGUACAAUCUAAGAUGAAAAAUUAAAAGAUGGCUUUGAUUAAACGUCUUUUGUGAGGGCUGUCUUUGGAACAUUCAUGUUUUAAGACAAUACAUGUACAGUUUGUGAGCCAGAAAGAGAAUUCUAAGCUAUUUAUUUAAAGGCUGAUUUGUAAA